AUGAAGUUCAAUAUAGACAAUCUCCCCGUGUUAUUUCCUUACCCAAGGAUAUAUCCAGAAACGCUCGAUGCGGGCGGUCACUGCGUGCUGGAGAUGCCGUCAGGGACCGGCAAGACGGUGUCACUGCUGUCUCUCAUUGUUGCAUAUCAGCAGCACAUGCCCGAGAAGCGGAAGCUCAUCUACUGCUCCCGAACCAUGUCUGAGAUUGAAAAGGCCCUGGUCGAGCUGCAGUCUCUGAUGAAGUAUCGCACCGAGCAGUUGGGGUACGAAGAGGAGUUUCGCGGCCUUGGCCUGACAAGUCGCAAGAACUUGUGUCUUCACCCCUCCGUCAAGAGGGAAAAGAGUGGCUCGAUUGUCGACGCUCGCUGCCGGAGUCUAACUGCAGGGUUUGUCAAGGAGAAGAAGGACCGAGGUGAAAAUGUCGAUGUCUGUGUCUAUCACGAUAACCUUGAUCUGCUCGAACCACACAACCUGAUACCCAACGGCGUAUGGUCCUUUGAUGCACUGUUACGAUACGGAGAGGAGCAUAAGCAGUGCCCCUAUUUCACUGCGCGACGCAUGAUGGAAUACUGCAAUGUAGUCAUCUUCUCCUAUCACUACCUCCUAGAUCCCAAGAUUGCAGAGCGUGUCUCCAAAGACUUUUCCAAGGACUGCAUUGUGGUGUUUGACGAAGCCCACAACAUCGACAACGUCUGCAUCGAGGCGCUCAGCACCGACAUUACCGAAGACUCAAUACGCAAAGCGACCCGCAGCGCUCAGCAUCUCGAGCGGAGAAUCGCCGAGAUGCGGGAGACGGAUCAGGAGCAGCUCCAAAACGAAUACGAGAAGCUUGUUCAGGGGCUUCGCGCGGCAGAUGAGUCGAGGCAGGAGGAUGCCUUUAUGGCCAAUCCAGCCUUGCCGGAUGACCUUUUGAAAGAGGCUGUGCCGGGCAACAUCAGGAGAGCAGAACAUUUCGUGGCCUUUUUGAAGCGAUUCUUGGAAUAUCUCAAGACGCGAAUGAAAGUUCGGCAAGUCAUCUCGGAAACACCACCGUCGUUUCUGGCCCAUCUGAAAGAGCACACAUUCAUCGAAAAGAAGCCGCUGCGGUUCUGUGCCGAGCGGCUGACAUCACUUGUCCGGACCCUGGAACUUACGAAUAUCGAAGACUACCAAGCACUCCAAGAAGUGGCAACUUUCGCAACGCUCGUUGCAACCUACGAAAAGGGCUUCCUGUUGAUCCUGGAGCCGUACGAGUCCGACACGGCAGAAGUGCCAAACCCCACGCUUCACUUCACCUGUCUCGAUGCGGCCAUUGCCAUCCGGCCUGUGUUUGAAAGGUUCUACUCAGUCAUCAUAACGUCUGGAACGAUUUCCCCCCUCGAAAUGUACCCCAAGAUGCUGGACUUUGCGACAGUCAUACAAGAGUCCUACAGCAUGACGCUCGCCCGGAAAUCUUUCCUCCCCAUGAUUGUGACUCGAGGGAGCGACCAGGCUUCCAUCUCGUCGAGCUUUCAAGUUCGAAACGAGCCGAGCGUUGUCCGCAACUACGGCAGCCUCUUGACCGAAUUUGCCAAGAUCACGCCCGACGGCAUGGUGGUCUUCUUCCCGUCGUACCUGUACAUGGAGUCCAUCAUCAGCAUGUGGCAGGGCAUGGGCAUCCUCGACGAGGUGUGGAAGUACAAGCUCAUCUUGGUCGAGACGCCCGACGCACAGGAGACGUCGCUGGCGCUGGAGACGUACCGGACGGCCUGCUGCAACGGAAGGGGGGCCAUCCUGCUCUGCGUCGCGCGAGGCAAAGUAUCCGAGGGCAUCGACUUUGACCAUCAGUACGGCCGGACGGUGCUGUGUAUCGGCGUGCCGUUCCAGUACACGGAAUCACGCAUCCUCAAGGCUCGGCUCGAGUUCCUGCGGGAAACGUACCGCAUCAAGGAAAACGACUUCUUGUCGUUUGACGCCAUGCGCCACGCCGCGCAGUGCCUGGGCCGCGUCCUCCGAGGCAAGGACGACUACGGCGUCAUGGUGCUCGCCGACCGACGGUUCCAGAAGAAGAGGAACCAGCUGCCGAAAUGGAUCAACCAGGGCCUGUCGGACGCCGACACCAACCUGAGCACGGACAUGGCCGUCAGCGCCGCCCGCCGGUUCCUCAAGACCAUGGCGCAGCCGUUCCGGAGCAAGGACCAGGAGGGCAUCAGCACCUGGGGCUACGAGGAUCUCCUGCGGCACCAGAAGAAGAUGGAGGAGGAGAGGGGAGAGGAGCCGCCGCCUGUGCUCGCCAAUGCGAGGGGCCAGGCUCACGGUAGCAUAGCUGCUGGGUAUGAGUCGGACUAUGGAGACAUUGAUGCCGAUAUGAUGGAGCUGGAAGGCUUUGAGUGA